GAUGCUGCGCUGGCUGUUUCCGGCCACCUCAGUAGUAGAGGCCAGUCAGAGGGUGGCAGCUGGCUGGCAGGCAGACAGGCAGGCAGGCAGGCAGGGUGUGCGCGGGGCCGAGCAGCGGCAGCGGCUCCCGGGUUGGAGCGGCGCAGACAUGGUGCUGCUGACUAUGAUCGCGCGGGUGGCGGACGGGCUUCCCCUGGCCGCCUCCAUGCAGGAGGAUGAGCAGUCAGGUCGGGACCUGCAGCAGUAUCAGAGCCAAGCUAAACAGCUUUUCCGGAAGUUGAAUGAACAGUCGCCUACCAGAUGCACCCUAGAAGCAGGAUCCAUGGCUUUCCACUACGUUAUUGAGAAAGGGGUAUGUUACCUGGUGUUGUGUGAGGCCACCUUCCCCAAGAAGCUGGCCUUUGCAUAUCUGGAGGAUUUGCAUUCCGAGUUUGAUGAACAGCAUGGAAAGAAGGUGCCGACGGUCUCCAGGCCUUAUUCCUUCAUUGAGUUCGACACUUACAUCCAGAAAACCAAAAAACUCUACAUUGACAGCCGGGCAAGAAGGAACUUAGGCUCCAUCAAUACAGAGUUACAGGAUGUGCAGAGAAUCAUGGUGGCCAACAUUGAAGAAGUCUUACAGCGAGGAGAGGCGCUGUCAGCUUUGGAUUCCAAGGCCAACAACUUGUCCAGUUUGUCUAAGAAGUACCGUCAAGAUGCAAAGUAUCUUAACAUGCGUUCCACCUAUGCCAAACUGGCAGCUGUAGCUGUGUUUUUUAUCAUGUUAAUAGUCUAUGUGAGGUUCUGGUGGCUGUGAGAUGUUGGCAGUCACUGGAGAGGGAGAGCUUGUAACAUGGCAGGUGUAUGUGUGCAGCACACUUUGUUCACAGGGAUGUGCAUUAGAAUCCACAAAGGACUGUCACCUUUAAGGGUGUGUCCUGAAAAUGAUACCUGAGUACUACACUGCUUAGUGAAUCUUAAUCAUAGGUAUAAAGUCUUCUUGGUGGACUAGAGGCUUUUCCUAUGAGGCACUAAACACUAGGGACUCUGUAGAGUGUGGCCUCCCAGUGUACUAAACUCAUUAACAGUGCUGUUUGAUGUGUCCUGGAGCAGUUAAUCAGUGAAGUUUAUCCUAAUCGGGCGGUACUGGCAAUAGUCACUUCUUCCUCCCUUUUAAAAAGUAGCUCUAGUGGGAAAUGGACUCUAAUGAACAUUCCUUGUGUCAGCAAUGUUUGCUUUUCUAGAAUCUGGGUCUGCAUUUGCUUUUUUAAAACAAGACUCCCUUGUUUGAAGACUGAUUCUGCACUGUACAUAUGUAAUGGCUUUCACCCUUGUCAAAUUAGCUAUUGUUGGGUUUUCAUUGUCUGACAUCUUUGCUUGUUAAAUUUUCAAUUGCUUUAGGAAUAAAUGGAUAUUAAAUUAUGCCUUAAAAUUACAUUAUAUUUAGUCUAAGGCGAGACAGUGAAAGGCCACUAUCACUGACUCCUACAAAAUUAAACUACUAGUUUGUAAAUCUCACUUUCCUGGCAGUUGUGUAUAAGAGCUUGUUUUAACGUGACUCAGAACAGUCUGUUUGUGUAAUUAAAAAGCCACUGGCCCAGGCACAAUGCAAACAAUUUCAUCUCUGUUUUCCUGCCAUCUAUCUAUCUCCAGAACCAUUGCAUUAUUUCUUUCCCCUCUGUAAACAUUCUUUAUUCCUCAAACAAGUGUAUCACUACCGCUAGCAUUCCAGCACUUGCAAACUACUCUACAAAAACAGCCCAGUGUGUGUGUGAUGAAGAAAAAGUAGAACAUUUCUUUAAAGAAAUAUUUCCGUUUCAAGUUUCUGUGAGUUUGGUGAUAGAGAAUAAUACAGAGUUUUAAAAACUACAAUCCCUUGUUAAUGUCCUGUUCUCCCUAUGGUCACCCUCUCUCCACUUCUUUUGGCAAGAUCUAACUGUAGCUGAAGAGAAAUUCAUAUUGCGUGGCUACAGCAUUUAAUUUCUUAACUUGUUUCUCACUAAACAAUGUAAAUAGUUCCAUCAUGAUGUGAUUUUUUUAUAUAUAUAUAUAUAUAUUUUUUUUUUUGGUCCAAGUGCUAGAAACUUUGUCUUGCCUAUUAGGCUUUAGUUUUUUAAAUCAAAGCUCUGUACAGGCAUCCCCCACCUUUUCCACAGUAAGGUGUCUGUUUCUGUCAUUAUCUAGCAAGUGAACACUCAUAGAACAGAAGGAGAAAUUCAAAGUUCCUCAGCACCUUCAGAAAACACUUAAUCUGCUGCAACUCUGAAAGUGUAAGCUGUAACCAAGAUGGUCUCCUGCAGUAAAGUAGGGCAUAGGAGCGAAAAGAAGCCUGAGUGACUCCCCUCUCCUCCUCCUGUGGGCAGGCAAAUAGGCAGCUAAAAUUUGUCUGCUGAUCUACUUGCAAACCUGAUCUGUCAGUCUCAUCUUCUGAUUUUUGCAUGAUGUUUCCAUUUGUUUAUUUGUAGAGAGCUGUACUUUUAAAUUCUUAAAAGUUGUGUCCCUGACAGAUGAAUGUACAAGUGAUCUAGGUCUGUGUGUAACUUAGGUACUGAGAGGUGAGCAGACACUACAUCUAGAUUUUGUAAUGACCUAUAGGGAGUAAAACUCUUGCAGUGAAUGGCAGCACAGUGAGCAGUUGCCUGCUGUAGCCCCAGUGUCACAGUGAAAUAAACACUUGCAAAAGUUCA